AUGGAUAGUCUUGUAGUCCAAAGCUUGGCUGGUACUGCGACACCGCCUUCUGCUCGGGAGUCCCAACUGUCCGCUAUCAAGAAGACGUCCAACUUCCUGGAACAAGCCCUGCCCUCGGAUGCCAUCCUUUCACCUGAAGACGCAGACCACAAUUUUGAUCCAGCUAUCAUGCCGCUCGGCAUUGUGACUCUCGAGGACGUGCUUGAAGAGCUUAUUGGUGAAGAGAUUUACGACGAAUUCGACACCCGCACCGCUCGCAUAUUGCCCUUUCCUCUUCCACCCAAGAGGACAAAGAGUGCACCGGCAAUGUCUGGACAACCCGGUGACAAUUUUUUCAAGUCCGACAGCGCCGCAACGAAUGACACCCCUGCCGAGCCCUCAACAAGGGUGAUCCAGAGCGAUACAUUGUCGCUGAACAAUCUUUGUGGCUCCACCAAAGGCUCCCGGUCGCAGUUACUUGUCAGCGACUUGGAAGAUAGCCCUUUAUCCAGUCCCUCCAUUCCUUCUUUAAAUGUUCGGCGACUACACUCGGGCCAAAAUUCUCCUGCUCCUUCGAUCGAAACGAAGUUGCUGAAUUGUCAACGCCGCCUCGAACCUGGAGUAGAUCUCCUGCCGCCCGAUCCGAUUAUCCGCCAACACGACCAUUCUUCGAGCCCGGAUGCAAAACCACCUCCAACAUUGAUCAAACGGACUUCGGCUGCAAAAGGAACGAAGUUCAAGAGUACUCCAUUAUCGCCAAGUGAGCGGGGCACCGGUUCAAGCUCCACCAGCAGGCAUCAGUCCCCUGUCGGUAGGAGUGUUGCCCUUGAGCCGGAAUAG